GCUCCACCUACUGUUAGCCACAGCAUCUGGAGAUUUGCGGAGUUGAAAAAGAACACGACCAGCUCUUUGAGAAAACAGAGUCUCCAAACAGCCUCUCCUCAAUUUGUCGACACACGGCCCUAGGAUUCUCAAAAGGAGUCUCUUUAGAAAAGAAAAGCUGAUGGAUUCUCAUCUUCAGCCAAAACUGCCCUUUUUAAACAAGAUGUGAAGUUGAAGAAUUUUUGUAUCAAUUCUUCAUAGAAAGGUGUUGAUAAGCACUCCUUGGACAUCCUAUUGAAUUGUCAUCAUGGGAAAAUUCCUGUUGGCCAGCUCAAUCGUGAUUCUCUUCAUUUUGCUCCAGACUGAGGAGAUCAUCUCCGUUUCUAGAAAAGGAUGGGGCAGGCCGAGUGGCAGCAGCAGUCGAAGUUCAAGUCGACCUAGCAGACCCUCCCAUAAUCCUAGCAAAACUUCCUCUCACUCUAGUAAAACCUCCCAUCGUCCUGUAGAGAGACCUAGAAAUCCGCCACCCAACCCACCCAAGAGCAGGCCUGCAAUUCCAAACAGGCAUAAAAAUCCUGCAAAACAUCCUCCAAACCAUGCAAACCCUCCUCCACAUAAUCCUGUACAGCCACCCCAUAAUCCUGUUAACCCAGGGAAUCCCCCUCCAUACAACCCUGCUUACCCCCCAAAUAAACCUGUUAACCCAGGGAAUCCCCCUCCAUACAACCCUGCCCACCCCCCAAAUAAUCCUGUUAACCCAGGGAAUCCCCCUCCAUACAACCCUGCCCACCCCCCAAAUAAUCCUGUUAACCCAGGGAAUCCCCCUCCAUACAACCCUGCCCACCCCCCAAAUAAUCCUGUUAACCCAGGGAAUCCCCCUCCAUACAACCCUGCUUAUCCAUAUCCAGUCAACCCCAAAAACCCAGCCCAUCCUCCACCAUAUCCGGUCAACCCCCAAAACCCAGCCCAUCCUCCACCAUAUCCGGUCAACCCCCAAAACCCAGCCCAUCCUCCACCAUAUCCGGUCAACCCCCAAAACCCAGCCCAUCCUCCACCAUAUCCGGUCAACCCCCAAAACCCAGCCCAUCCUCCACCAUAUCCGGUCAACCCCCAAAACCCAGCCCAUCCUCCACCAUAUCCGGUCAACCCCCAAAACCCAGCCCAUCCGCCACCAUAUCCGGGCAACCCCCAAAACCCAGCCCAUCCGCCACCAUAUCCGGUCAACCCUCAAAACCCAGCCCAUCCUCCACCAUAUCCGGGCAACCCCCAAAAUCCAGGACGUCCACCAUAUCCAGUCAACCCCCAAAACCCAGCCCAUCCUCCACCAUAUCCAGGCAACCCUCAAAACCCAGGGUAUUUCCCACACCAACCAUACAACCCCCAAAAUCCUCACUGGGGACACCAUAAUCCCAAACCCUGGAAACCUAAACCGCCGAAGACCAAUAUGAAGCAUGUGGCUGGAGCGGCAAUUGCAGGUGCAGCGGCAGGGGCUGUUGGGGGCUACUUCCUGGGACGUGCCAUGUCUAAUCUGAAUUUUCAAUUUAACAACCCGAAUGAGGAGCGGUGGUGGCAUGAAAAUCGCCAUCGUUAUUCUGAUCAAGUUUACUACCCCCGGUACAACGAGCCUGUUCCACAAGAUACCUUUGUGAGAGACUGUGUGAACAUCACAGUGAAAGAAUACAUUGAGCCCACAGGCAAUACAACAGAGGACGAGAUGGAAGCCAUGGUGGUGAAGCAUGUGGUGAAGGAAAUGUGCAUCGAGCAGUAUCGUACUUUCUCCAGAUCUCCAGGAGGCGGCAGUCCCAGACCCAAUGAUGGCAACCCAGUGGACCCUAAGCCAAAGGAUGAUGAAGUGAAAUAUGUGGUGGGGGAACCUGUUGUAGAUAUUCCAGUGGAAGACCCUGAGAACUAUAUCUUAGGCAGCCCCAUAGGCAAGAUGAAUUUUUAUUUUAAUGACAGUGAGGAAGAACGUUGGUGGAAUGAAAACCGCCACCGUUUUGCCACCCAUGUUUACCACCCAAACUCUACCCAGGCAAUUCCAAGAGAUGUUUUUCUGAGUGAGUGUGUAAAUAUCACCAUAGGAGAGUAUGUGAAGCCCACUGGAAACCAAACUGAAGAUGAAUUGGAAGCCAGAGUGGUGACACAAGUGGCAAAUGAAAAAUGCAUGGAGAUGUACCACCGCUUGACUGUUCUCACAAUGGCAGGCAGCUACUAUAAUAAUAAACCAGAGACUGCUACUACACUGGAGAUCAAAAGUGAGUUCAAACAUGGACAAGGAGCAGUUUUGGCUAAUAGUCCCGGAAGAGCCAGUGGACACAAUCCAAGAAAUAAUGCUGUGACUAAUUUGCAUUUCUCUUUUGAGAAUGCUUUGUUUCUCCUUCAUCCUUUUGCCAUUUCAGUCAUUACCUUAAUCACUCCUUUCCUGAUCUUCUAAGGGCUGUGCUUUCUAAGUCUCUUCCAUGGUUGCUAUUGUCAGAGGUCUGGAAUAUUUCUCUCUUCAGCAAGAAUUUAGUUGUGAUUUUAUGUUUUUCUGGAGACUGCAUCAGAUGCAAAGAGCUGCAAUACAUAGGCUACUUGCCAUCAUGAAUCAGUCUAAAGUGAUUCCUUUUUUGUAUUUGUCAAGACUAAUUUAAGAUGGAGACAGUGGAUAAUUCUCCUUCCUGUUGCCUCGAUCCUUCAGUGGAAUCUGCUCAGUUUUCAGCAAAUAUUUUAGCAGGUCACAUGAUAGUAGAAGUUGCUUUUAAGAAGGAAGGAAGGAAGGAAGGAAGGAAGGAAGGAAGGAAGGAAGGAAGGAAGGAAGGAAGGGGACUUCUGAGUUUUUUUAAAAAAUGAAUCCAUCAAGGUUUGAACUGAAGGUUCCAUUCAAACACACCUCAAGUCCAGUCUUGGGACCAAACUGACUUUCUGAAUAGGUUUGGAUGCCUUUUAUUUGACUAUUUCCAAAAUAGCUCUCCUCUAAUGGGAGCUGAUAAUUCCAACACGUAUCUGACUAGUCAACCAUUUUUGCUGAGUGGUGAAAACUGUCAUACACCUCAAAAGAGAGGCAGGCAGCAUUUGAUGGCAAACAUGUUUUACAAUGUUGCAAAAUUGGUGAUGAAAAACCAUGCAUCUGGAUGGGCUGCAAAUGUUGAGCUGAACACUUUUUUGAAACUAUGACAUACUGACGUUUCUCCUGGUUCCUAUCGCUGAAUGGUGGAAAGCUGAAUUAUCACUUUUCAGGAGGGGUGGGUUGAGGGCUGCAGAAAGAAGACUUGAGGUCACUUGUGGCCCUGGGAUUGCACGGACUCCUGCUUGAUAAACUGCUUUUGUGCCUUCUUUGUCUAAAUUGUCAUCCUUAUCCUUAAAUAUGACUGGGAGGUUUUGUCUAAUGUAAUUUGUAGACUGAGAAUAUUGUUUGAAAGCCACAUGGUUCCAUGUUGUUUUCCAUUCUUUGUUUUCCUUGACCACUUAAAGGUUAUUGAAUACCUAAGUGGGUUUAAACUCUAAUUGUCUACAGAGAUUUUCAAUCAUCCAGGUCGUAGUUGUCCUAUGUUUGUCCCAAGGUGCUUCCCCCCACCAAAAAAAGGCAACUAGACUGUUUUUUUUCCCUUUGAAAACAUUUUAGUUCUCAUCCAAGAAGCUCCUUGGAUGAGAAGCAAAAGGUUUUCAAAGGAAAAAAAAAUAAAAGAAAGUCCAGUUGUCUUUUUGGAAAAAAACACUUUUGGGGUUAAGCUCUAAUUCUAUCUUUAGUAUUCUUUUCUGCCAUGCUGUGAUGAUUGUCACAAAUCAGAAGUGGAAAGAGACUUGGCUUGGAUUGAAAUUAUUCCAAAAUUGAAAAGGCAGUUGACUUCAGUAUUAAUGUGCUUCCUCUCUUGAAACAAAGGAUGCAGUUGGAUUUAUUCUAUUUUCCUUCCAGCCCUAGGAUUCUCAAAAGGAGUCUCUUUAGAAAAGAAAAGCUGAUGGAUUCUCAUCUUCAGCCAAAACUGCCCUUUUUAAACAAGAUGUGAAGUUGAAGAAUUUUUGUAUCAAUUCUUCAUAGAAAGGUGUUGAUAAGCACUCCUUGGACAUCCUAUCGGUAGGUGUGGUUAAGCUAGUAAGACUAAUGAGGAAGACAAAUCCUUCUGUUAUUUCUGAAUUUGGAUCUUGCCUUAAUUCAGCUGUAAAAAGUCAGAAAGGUAAUUUCAAGCUAGCUUUAGCAUCUAUUUUGUUAAGAACAAAGAAAUCCUGAAGGCUAACUGGGAUAUAAUACAGUGGUUGCAUUUCUGUUUAAUUUUCCUUCUUUGUGUGGUGGAAAGCGCUAUGCUAAAACAGCUGGGAAGUUUAUCUGAGCAUGAGUGUUGUGAACAGAAGCUAAAAUUUUAAGCUAUUUUGAUUAUUCGUUACAAUCUAACAUACUCCAUAUGAUAUAUAGUGCUCAGGUAUAUUUCCUUGUGGUAUGCUGAUCACCGAAUGUUCCAACACAAAAUUUAUUUGAAGAUUUCUUGUUAACUGCUGUUUGACCUGCUAAUCUCCAAUCAUUCUUGUCACACUUUUAACUAAACUGGCAAAUAAAACUGUCGCCUGUAUAACACCAAAAUAA